AAUGUCAGUCUUUUUAAUCUUAUCGAUAUUAAUAAGUCUGAUAGAACUUGGAAUAACGAUUGAAUGCGAAAAGCCAUGUGAAUUAACAAGUGAUAGCGUUUCUUGUAAAUGGAAUAGUUUGUGGAAUAACUCGAAUAUUAUAUCUAAAGCUAAAAAUUGCCUAGAAACUUCAAAUUAUAAUGAAUUAAGUCUAGUUUUGGCCAAAAAUACAAAUAUUAAUAAGGAGCUACUGCAAUCGUUGACCUCCGUCGUUAAAUUAUCGUUUGAAGAGGGUAAUAAAAUUGUGAAAUUACACCCAGAAGCUUUUCGUUCUCUUUACAAUUUACAAGAGUUAAAUUUACAAAAUACAGGCGUCCAAUAUAUAGAUAUUUUAAAUGCCUUACCAGCCAUAAGAGACCAACUGAAAGUUAUUCGGGUAGGUCAAACAGGUACGAAAUGCAACUGCGAUUGGUUUCUUCUCAAGAAAAAACUAGAAGAACUAAAUGUAAAGUACCAAGAUCCAAAUAAUCCCAACUGUGAUGACUACGACGAAGCGCAGAAUAAGAAACUCUGCUUUAAUUUUUCCCAAACCGCAAUAUAUAUUUACCAGCGUGAAGUGGUCAGAGUGAAUAGGGCGGUUUUAUGCUUUGCAGUGAUCAUUAUAUUAUUUGCUUGCACACUCAUGUUCGCGGCCCUCCUUUGCGCACUCUCGAAACCGUUCAAUUUUAAGAAUAAUUAUUUGGAAGGAGAAGAAGAGGAAGCCUAUGAUAUUGACAGGUUGAACUGUACAUACUCAGAUAAUUACGAUCUACAAGGGUCUCAUUCUUCAAGAUUAUCCAAUAUCUCUCCUCCAUCAGGUUGGACUGAAGGAGAGAUGAAACAGAUAGCGAAAACUCUUAAAUCUAAUGGCGCCCGCUCUACAGGUCAUUUAACUAUUGCUACCCCGGGUAGUGAAGGUCCAAGAAUCAGAGUAGCUUCAAAAGCGGUAAAAGUCGACAAUCUACCGUCUAAAAACGGAGCUCUAAAUAUCCCACUAAGUCAGUCAGCUUAUUGUUAUAAACCUAUAGGUGACCAUAAUCAAGAGGAUAAGCUUAUUCGGCCAACUAGAAAUACAAUUGAGCGGAAUACUUAUCAAUCGGGCGUUGACCUCAACCUCAAAAUUGACAGUCGAACGAAUAAAUCAUUUACUAUUGAAAAAACGUGCGGAGGAAGGCGUCUAAUCUUAUCAAAGGCUAACUCUUUCGAGGAAAAUAUAACCGUGGCCGACUCGUGUACAGUGGAUGAUAAGCGCAAGAUAACUCUCUCUAAGGAGCGUGUCUCUCCUUGA